GAAUAUAAAACAGGUUGACUGCAGAUCAUGUGAGCCAAUCAACUUGGUACUUUUUUCAAUGUACUCAUUUUUCUCUCUUCCACGGCUCCAAAAGAUGGAAAUCUUUGCGUAGAAAUUAGGAAAAAAAAAAAGUUUAGGGCCUUUUAGGUACUUCAAAUUCAUAUCAGACACCAAUUAUUAAAGCCCCGUUGAAUUGUCUACGAGAAAUAGUAAAACAAACUGAUGCAGAAUAAUUCUUAUUUUAAUGCAAAUUUCGACCCCACUCACUAACCUACUCCCAUAGAUAGAUACAACAGGAAGGAAAAAAAAAUCGAGUUUUGACUUGAACAACGCAAAGCUCUGUUUUUUUUUUUUUUAGAUCUAUGAGAGUCGAGAAUUUCCCAUUUGAAUUCUGGGCGUGAUUCGAGCCUCGAGGAGCAUCCAUGGCGGAAUUCUUGUUCUGGGUUUUGAUGUGUCUGUUUCUGUGUCCUUGCGUGAAUGGGAGCGAAGAAGCGAAGAAGAGAUAUCCGCAGGAACCUCCGUGGAGGAUCCACACGCUGUUCUCGGUGGAAUGUCAGAACUACUUCGACUGGCAGACGGUUGGGCUCGUCCACAGCUUCAGGAAGGCCGGCCAACCCGGCCCAAUUACCCGCUUGCUCAGCUGUACGGACGACGAGAAGAAGAGUUACAGAGGGAUGAACUUGGCUCCUACCUUUGAGGUCCCUUCCAUGAGCAGACACCCCAAAACUAGUGACUGGUACCCUGCAAUUAAUAAGCCAGCAGGAGUAGUUCACUGGCUAGAGCAUAGUAAAGAAGCGGAGAAUGUAGACUGGGUUGUGAUUCUUGAUGCAGAUAUGAUCAUAAGAGGGCCAAUUAUACCAUGGGAAAUUGGUGCUGAGAAAGGCAGACCUGUUGCUGCAUAUUAUGGGUACUUGGUUGGAUGCGAUAAUAUUCUCGCUGAUUUGCACACAAAGCACCCCGAACUCUGUGAUAAAGUUGGUGGACUUUUAGCGAUGCAUAUAGACGAUCUUCGAAAACUAGCGCCCUUGUGGCUUUCGAAAACAGAAGAAGUGCGCGAAGAUAGAGCUCACUGGGCAACCAAUUUUACUGGUGAUAUCUAUGGGAAAGGGUGGAUCAGUGAGAUGUAUGGAUACUCAUUUGGUGCAGCCGAAGCAGGCCUUCGACACAAGAUCAAUGAUAAUUUGAUGAUCUACCCAGGCUAUAUUCCACGAGAAGGUGUCGAGCCUAUUCUCCUUCACUAUGGCUUGCCAUUUAAAGUGGGGAAUUGGUCUUUUAGCAAAUUAGAUCAUCAUGAAGAUGAUAUAGUUUAUAAAUGCGGGAAACUCUUCACUGAACCUCCUUAUCCUAAAGAGGUAAAGAUGAUGGAACCUGAUCCAAAUAAAAAGCGGUCUCUGCUUAUAAACACAGAGUGCAUUAACACUUUAAAUGAAGGUCUUUUAGCACAACAUGCAGCAGAUGGUUGCCCUUCACCGAAAUGGUCAAAGUACUUAAGUUUUCUUAAGAGCAACACUUUUGCUGAACUGACCAAGCCAAAACAUCCAACUCCUGCCAGUUUGGAACUUAUGGAGGACAGAAAACCGCAAGAGGUCACUUAUGAAGCUGAGAAGCCACAUCCAAAAAUCCACACCGUAUUCUCCACAGAAUGCACUCCUUACUUUGAGUGGCAGACUGUGGGACUUAUCCAUAGUUUCCGCCUGAGUGGUCAGCCUGGAAAUAUCACACGGCUUCUCAGCUGUACUGAUGAUGAUUUGAAACAAUACAAGGGCCAUGACCUGGCUCCCACUCAUUACAUUCCAUCCAUGAGCCGACAUCCAUUAACAGACGAUUGGUAUCCAGCAAUUAACAAACCAGCUGCAGUCCUUCACUGGCUUAAUCAUGCAGAAAUUGAUGCAGAGUUUAUAGUUAUCCUUGAUGCUGACAUGGUAAUGAGAGGUCCAAUUACACCAUGGGAAUUCAAAGCGGAACGUGGGCGCCCAGUUUCAACUCCCUAUGAAUACCUUAUUGGAUGUGACAAUGAGCUCGCAAAACUCCAUACUCGCCAUCCUGAGGCCUGUGAUAAGGUUGGGGGUGUGAUCAUCAUGCACAUAGAUGACCUCCGCAAAUUCGCUUUACUUUGGUUGCACAAAACCGAGGAAGUGAGGGCUGACAAAGAUCAUUACGCCACAAAUAUCACUGGCGACAUAUAUGCAUCCGGGUGGAUCAGUGAGAUGUAUGGUUACUCAUUUGGCGCAGCAGAGCUCAAGUUACGGCAUCUCAUAAGUGAUGAGAUAAUGAUAUACCCAGGAUAUGUUCCUGAACCUGGCGUCAAAUAUAGAGUUUUCCAUUAUGGAUUGGAAUUCCGUGUUGGGAAUUGGAGCUUUGACAAAGCAAAAUGGAGGGACACUGAUAUGGUAAACAGAUGCUGGGCCAAGUUUCCGGACCCACCUGAACCAUCGAUACUUAACGACACUGACAAAGAUAUAAUGCAGAGGGAUCUCCUUAGCAUAGAAUGUAUAAGAACAAUCAAUGAGGCAUUGCGGCUGCAUCACGAGAGAAGGAAAUGCCAGGACCCAAAUUCCCCACCUGCCACCUUAAACUCGGAUAAUACUACUACUACUACAGAAGUUGCGUAUUCACGGAAAUUUGGCAAGGUUGACACAAGUUAUACUGUAAAGAGCAACAAGGCGGAAACGAACACCUCUCGGGAAUUGUCAGAACCUACUCGGACAGAUGGUGGGUUUAGGCCAUUGGCCUUCUGGCUUGUUGUUCUGUGGGCGGUUUCCGGAUUGGGUUUCUUGGCAGUAUUAUUGUGCUUGUUUUCGGGUCAUAAAGGGAAAGGCACAAGAGGUAGGCACCAUAGAAACAAGAGAAAAGCUUGAAAUCUUCAUUUUAAAAUAAAAGGAAAAUGGCAGGUGUAUUACGAGUCUUACACAGAAGGAAAUCCACACCAAUAUUAAUUAAUGAUCAUAAUUUAUACAUAGGGUAGUAUCGAGAAGACAUCAAAGUUACAUAUUCCUUGGAAACGUUGUGCUUUCUUUCUGUGGGAUUACGAGUAAAGGUUCCAUCAAUAAUCUCUUCAUUGUAUUUUUCUCACUUUUUUGGAGGAUAACAUUCUGUAAAUUACGGGUGUCUACUCAUCCUUGAGAUUCUUUCUUUGUAGCUUGCUUACCCAAAAAAAAAAAAAAAAAAAUGUUCUUUGUAGUUUAAACACUCGUAUGUCGUUUACUAUGAUUGAUUCACACGUCGUUUUCAUUAGCUUAGGCAUAACUAUGUCAUUUUCUUUUUUAAUGAGCAACACAUGUUAUGUAAUAUUUAAUUUUUAUGGAUGGGAACACCUCGUUGUUGUAAACGAC